CCGGGAUGUGCGGGCCGAGCGAAGCCGAACAUCAUCAUACUGAACUCCGGGCGCUUUCGGGCCACACGGGAACUUGUCGGCUUCGUCUUCGAGUCGACUUUCAACCACUGCUUGCUCAGGAUCAGCACGCGGAUCUGGUUACAUAUACUGGGGGUGAUCUCGAUCUGGCUCAAAUCUUUUGCCACGCAUCUCUUGUUAUUCAACGCCGUUCGAAGCACAAUGGAUCCAAGGACACAAAAGAGCAGUUCCACGUUGAGCAUCGAUGCAUUCGAUAUUUAGACCUGAGGUGACGGCAGCCUAUCUCCAUUGACUGAUGUCGGCGUCGACCACAGCAGAGGAACCCGGGCCAUCGCUUCAGCAGGCAGUCAGGGAGCAUCCGGACUGCCUCACUUCCAGUGCUUCCUCGGGACUAAUCGAACUCUCUGAGUCGUACUGGACACACCGGCAUGGUUUCUUUGAGCGCAAUGGAUACAGAGUGACUCCUCAGUAUAUGGCAUCAGUGGCAACCUGGAUGAACGACAGGUUCGGGGCUCGCAAAGACGCCGCACCGCUGGCAUACGCGUAUUGGGCAGACGAACAUAUCGUGCGUGCCACUCGGACGUCCGACAACGCCCCUGUAUGCAUCAAACGUGUCGCGACCGCCAGCCACGAGCUCCGGAUCGCAAGCAUGUUCUCGUCGACACCGCUCUGCGACGACCUAGCCAAUCAUGCCGUGCCCAUUCUCGAUGUGCUCAGGGACGAAGACAACGAAUAUGUGAGCUACAUAGUGAUGCCGUUCCUCCGGCAUAUCGACGACCCUCCCGUGGGCGCUGUCGGUGAUGUGGUCGAGUUUGUGGACCAGAUGCUCGAGGGUCUUGCGUUUCUACACAGACUUGGUGUGGCUCACCGGGAUUGCUCUUACGCGAACCUCAUGAUGGAUGCAAGUGGGAUGGGCCAUCCCUUUUACAAUAUCUCAAAGCCCUCUGGCGGCUUGUGGCCGAUGCUUUGGCGUUCCACACUAGACUUUCCGAUCAAGUAUUACUUCAUCGACUUCGGUUUGUCCGUGCACAUUCCCUUGGGAAGACGAGGGACCCUUGUGCUGGGCAACGAAGGACGCGACCGGGAUGCACCGGAGCUACGGAGAGGCGACAAAGUCCCGUACGACCCGUUCAAGCUCGACGUAUUCUUGCUCGGAAACCUCUUCCGCAAGGCUUUUAUCGACAACUAUGCCAACGUGGAAUUUCUGUGCCCCUUGGUUGUUCGCAUGAUACGAGAGGACCCUAUGAGCAGGCCUGACGCUGCCGACGUGCUUGGGCAAUGGCGUUGCAUCCACCCCACGUUGUCCCGGUCGCAGAAACGAGCGCGGCUACAAACACAUUGGGACCGCUGGAUCAAGCAGGCAGCACUCGACGUCCUGUUGGUCAUCUGCCUCUCUCUCUUGGGCGUUAGGUUGGCGUUGAAGCUGUGGAGUGGUGCAGGCGAGUGGUAAGGAUUUCUCUUCGUUCAUUAUGUUCUACUUGGACACCAGCGGUACACCCAUGUAUGUAAUCCGUCGCAUACUCGGUCUGAUCUCAAUGCAUGUAAUACCAAUGGUAGACUAUUGAGCGCAAGCUCAAUAAGCAGCCAGUGGUAUGCCCGC